AUGGCCCACAUGGCACCCCUCGGCAAUCACGGGGGGGUGGGGGGUGGUGUUCAGCGGCAAAACGGCUGUGCCCAGGUAUGUGGACCCUUGAUGUCUGCCCUGUGUGGUCAUCCCACAGCCCCGGAGUGUGUGGGGGACUGCAGGAGGGUGAGGAGAAGAGUGGAGGGGAAUAAAGGCAGUACAACUGUCCCUUGGCCCAGCCUCUUCUUUACACAUGCCACCCUGACCGUGGGCCCAAAGGACUUGGACCACAGUGAGAUGGACAACUCGGCUGCCAAAGACCACAUGGACACGUGUGCCCGGAGCAUCCACAGGUCUCGUCUCCCUUGCCUGAGGAUGGGCUGGGCUCCUGGGGAAUCUCCAGAGUCUGGGGCUGAGGUCUGGAGGAGCCUAGUGUCUGUGCCCUGGAGAACAUCUCAGAUGGAAGACCAUGGCCUCCUAGGAGGGAACAAGCAACUCUCCCUGUGGACCUCAGAAUUAUUUUGCUGGGGCACUGGCUCCAUGCAGGAUAGAAUUCUAGGCUGUGGGGACACAUGGUGA